GGACGAGUACCAGAUCUGGCGUGAAGGAUGGGGCAAGAGGUGGGUCAUAGUAUCCAAACUAUGUUAUGUCUUUAGGACCUGCCUUGCUGAAGAGAUUACUAAUAACUGCACAUGUCUGCGCAUAUCUUGUGCCAUAGGGAAUCUGAAAGGUCAUUUUCAUAUUUCGACUACCCGUUCCUCCUGUCACCAACGUCGAAAUCUCAUAUCCUUAACUUGGAUGCCCUGACCCAGAUGAGUGCUCAUUACGAGGAUGCCUGUGUCCGCCACGCGCUAGCAGACCAUGCGCAACGUCUUCUCCCGGACACCAUGACGGCAUCAGCACGCGAGUUCCAAAAGGGCAUCAGGGCGGGAUCUUCACCAUAUCUUGUUCUGGAAUUGACCCGAGCACAUCUGGUGGAGGAGGCGUUUGAGCAGAUCACAAAGAAGCAUGCGGAUUUGAAGAAGCCUCUGAAGGUGGCCUUUGUGGAUGUUGGAGAGGAGGGCAUGGACCAAGGAGGCGUGACGAAGGAGUUUUUCCAGAUCAUGGUCGAAAAGGUCUUUGAUUCGCAGUUUGGGCUGUUCAAGGAGUUGGAGGAAGGGAGAUGCUGGUGGUUUGAGGGCGUGCUAGAUGGAUCGAGUCAGUUGGAGAUGUCGAAGAAGGAUAUGAGGAUUCGACUAGUGGAGUAUGAGCUGGUAGGGAUCCUGGUUGGACUUGCACUGUAUAAUGGAGUCAUCUUGGGAGUUCGGUUUCCGACGGUUGUGUAUCGCAAGAUGCUUGGUUGGGAGACUGGCCUUGACUCGUUCAUUGAGUCGUUUCCGUCCCUCGGCCAUGGACUGGAGCAGAUGCUGACCUGGACAGAUGGUGAUGUGUACGAUGUGUUCAUGCGAGAAUUCGAGAUUUCAUAUGAACAUCUUGGACAAGUUACCACGCUGCCUUUGGUUCCUGGCGGAGAAAAUAUACCGGUGACAAACGAGAACAGGGGGGCGUAUGUCCGAGCGUACAUGGAACAUUAUGUGCACGAGCAUAUCCGACAAGAGUUCGAGGCAUUCCAGCGAGGCUUCGAAAAGAUUUGCGGUGGACAAGCGCUCAAGCUCCUGCGACCUGAGGAACUGGAGUUGCUGCUCUGUGGAAACUCGGAACUAGAUAUGCACGAUCUCGAAGCCAGCUGCCUGUACGACGACGGUUACAGUCCUAGUCAUACACUGAUCCAAGAAUUCUGGGAGAUUGUUCACGAGGAUCUGUCGCCGGAACAGCACAAGCAGCUUCUGGUCUUUGUCACUGGAAGCGAUCGUGUUCCCAUUCGUGGACUCAAGGACCUGAUGUUUGUUAUCCAGCGCAAUGGACCUGAUUCGGAUCGAUUACCGACUGCGUUAACUUGUUUCUCAAGGUUGCUGUUGCCAGAGUAUGCGAACAAAGAAAAGAUGAAGGAACGGCUGGUCACUGCGAUCGAGAACUCGAACGGUUUUGGACUCGUAUAGGAAGAUGUCUUCGUACCCUUGAUACCACCCAACAGAGCACAAUAAAGCGAAGAUAUUGAUAUGGUG